ACAUGUUGUCGAUGCGUGGCCCAUGAGCCUGCACAUUCACACCACGCGCGCCGCAAUGUGAAUUGCUUUCCAGAGCUAUAUCCCACUUGGCAGGUUGCAUAUCGGGCAAAUGACAACACCCACGACGGUUCAUUGUUGGCUCAUCGGAGCGAUCAUACCAGCAAUGACGCGAGACGUCCAGUGACCAAGAUGCCGCCUCCUCCUCCUAUCCCGCCUGCGACACCCACGCCAAACCGCUUUCUCGUGCCCAGGAAAUCCCAUGGCGGGACCGGCAGCCUCAUCGGCACAGCUGGAUCAUCACAACGCCAGCAGCAUGAGACGCCCAAGACUUCACUUCCUCCGGCACAGAGUCAUGUAGCACACCACCACCACCAUCCCGGUUCGCAGCAGUUCCACGCAAACCCCCGUUUCUCUCUGCACUCGACGCCCAGGGUCUCCCAACAGCGGCAGGAACAGCCGCCGUCGACCCCAGCUGCGCCUCCAAGCGGGCACUAUUUCCGCUCCUCUCGCGCCAAGAACGUAGGGCCAGGGACGGGCUCGUUCGAUGAGGACUUGAUUGACAGCUCACCGCCACUGCCUCCUCAUUCUGUGUCCCCGGGAGAGGAUGAGGAUAAGAGGAGUUCUGAUGCUCUCGGACCUUCCGGGUUCGAGCAGCGCGGCCCAGAGUUUGGAGCGCACGUUGCUGCUGCCUUUGCGCGGGGCCACUCGUCUCGGAGAUCGGGUAGGGACGACAGUGAUGUGCUCGAAUCGAUAGUGACCGAGUCAUCGCCUCCUUCUGGCGGCCCUGGGGAUCAAGACGCUGCAAAGCACGCUCGCCUGGUGGAUUUCGAUGACGAUUAUCCGAACGGGAGCAGUUCCCCACCAGCAGAAGAGAACCCAGGUCCAUCAUCGCCUAAACGGAGACGCAUAUCAAUCUCCUCUGUGCUGCCGCAUGAAGAAGAAGAAGAAGAAGAAGAAGAAGAAGAAGAAGAAGAAGAAGAAGAAAAAGAUAUAAACCUCCCGCCGUCAUUAGCUGACGCUACGGGUCCUGCGGUCGAUGAGGAUGUCGGGCCAUAUGGAGGGCUCAACGAAGCAGAGCCCGGCCUCCCUCGUUUAAGAGAGGAAAACCCCGAAGACGACGAGAUGAACAUCUACAUUGACGGCGACCACUAUCAGGUGGAGGCUCAGCAAGAUCAUUCAGACAUCCAACAAACAAUAGAGAGGGCGGAUCUGGGGGCUGUGCAACAAUCUACAGCGUCAUUCUCAGUACGCCCGCAGCAACAACCCACCUUCCAUCGGGCACCGCGGUUCAGACAGAAAGACGUUGAGCACAGCACAAGCUUCGGAGCUGAACCACACGAGCGCCAUUACGAUCCACUUCCAGAAGCAUUCUCGCCAUCGCGACGCAACAACAAAGGAGGAAAUAAGUAUAUACCUGGCGGGCUCGCCUCUGAACUUCGGGACUGGCUCGUCGACAUGGAAGCUGCAACAGGAUCAAAGCGAGAGGGGGACUGGCUCGCGAGGGUCGUUGUGGACGAAGUGACGACUUCCAUGGAGGAUCGUGUCAGUGCAGGAUCCGGCGGGAUGUAUCUCGUCCAUGGACAUCAAAUUAUUGCGCUUGAAGCAGAAUUUUCCGGCCAACCUGGCGACGAUCUGACAACCGCAGAGGUCGACGAAAGUCACGACAAUAUGGAUUAUGAUGGUGGCGCAGUGGCGCCAGUAACCACUGCAGUGCCUGAAAGUCACCCUCAUGCGUCACUCGGGCAAGGGCGAGACCAUGACAGCUAUGCAGUGAGCCCUGAUCUGCGGGUGAAGAUAAUACUCGCUGGCGAGGGCCGGACGACGCCAGGGAUCGCCAAGAGGAGGCCAGUCAAGCCUGGAAUCAUAGUUGGCAUAGCCAGGCCCACUUGGGAGAUCACGUUGGGCGAUAGUCUCGAGAGGUGGGCUGUCGCGUGCGACUGGGCGUUGCUCGAUUGAAUAGUCCCGAUCAUGAAAGGGCUAGCCUGCCAGGCUGUUCUUACACCUAGACAAGCAAGGAGCUUAAGAGUGUUCCAAAGUAUGGACAUGGAUCACGUUACAUGAGACUGCUAUGAUCGACUUCACAUCAAACGCAUCUAUUCGAACCGCAAG